UGAAAUGUCAUAUAUAAAGAGGUUGAUUGUUCCUUCUUCAGUGUCUCUCUUCCGACAUCAUGAAGAACACCGUCCUUGCUUUGGCGGUCCUCGGCUUCGCCUUUGUUAGCGCCCAGACUGAGCCAUGGUGUCGCUGCGCGCUCUUCGUAUCAGGUGGACACGCUGAGUACAUGGUGUACGAGCUGCCCGAAGUGGUCAUCGCCGACUGCGAGAGCCACAACCAGUGCAAGAACCGCUGCACCAAAGAGUUCAAUGAGAUGACCAACAACAUGGACUUGUGGUCAACGGUCAACAACACAACGGUUGGGUCCUACAUCUGCCAAAACCUGGAGCGCCCGAUCCACAACAGAUACGUUUACGGUUACUACGAGAUGUGCGGCGGUCCCUGGGAGUACUCCGGCCUGGUCUCGCAACAGAUGUUGUGUUGCUGGGAUGGAGUACACGACCACUGCAUCUCCAAGUGAAGAGAGUGAAAGUAAAACUCUCAACACCAGCAUAGACCUGCGUCUCAUCUGGCAGUUUAACGCUGAUGUGUAAAAUCUGAAUAUUUUGUUGAGGGUUAUGAAAAUCUUUGAGAUCAAUAUACAUUUUAAAUGUUAUAUACACCAGCGCCAUCAGUGUUCAUUUUCCUUCCUGAUGCGCCUAUGCCGAGCGUCUUGUAAUUUUUCAUGAUUGUAAUUAUAAAACAUGCUAUUAGUGAUUAAUAAAAGAGUGAAUAACAAA